CUGAUUGACGCGAGGUGAUGGGAAGAACUUGCUGAAUAGUUGCCUGAAGUGUGCUAACUACAACUUCUAGGAGUUAAAAUUGAAGAACAUUCUGUGAACACAGCAAAGGAAUUAUGAGGCAACAAGCAAAAACACUAUGGUAUGACCGUCCAAAAUAUGUACAUAUGGAAUUCUGUGUGGAGAACAGCAGAGAAGUCAAGGUAGACAUAGAAAACAACAAGUUAAUUUUCAGUUGUAUUAAUGAAGAUAAUAUUCAGAUGUACAACGAAAUCCAUUUAUAUGACACUAUUCAGCCAAAGGAUUCUCGGGAAAAGCGUUCAGAUCGAUCUAUAACCUGCUUUCUGAGGAAGAUGAAAGAAAAGGUUGCCUGGCCAAGGCUAACAAAAGAAAAUAACAAGCCAGCUUGGUUGUCUGUAGACUUUGAUAACUGGAGAGACUGGGAUGCAGAAGAGGAAGGAGAAAUGGCCAUGGCUGAACAUUACCUAGAUCUCAUAAAUAGUGUUAAGGACAAAAAAGCACCUCCUAGUAUGGAUGAUCUGGAUGAUUUAGAUUAAAAGGAAAAAUCUACAGAAGUGGACAUCAAGAGUUUAUGAUCAAGAAAACUUUACCCAGGGCCAGAGGCUGUGAUCCUGUAUUGAUGGAAGUAAAAUCAAUAAAUGAAAUAUGAUUUUUCUUGAA